UUCCCUUUCAUGAAAAUACGCCAUUUGUCCUAAGGAAAACGAAGCUUGUUGUCUGAUUCAGUAAUUGUGUCAAUUAAUGAUAUUUGACAUAUUUUCGAUUACGGGCAUAACGUAAAAACGAAGAAAACAAUAAACAAGUUAUAGUAAAAAGGACUGGAAUACUUAGAGACACAGUUAUGGCAGACAAGUUGGCUGGAGUACUAGCAUCUGCUACCAGAGUGCUGACACGAGCUGUGGAGCUGGACACAGCAGGGAGGAAUGCAGAUGCUGUUGUAUGUUACCAGGAAGGUCUACAGUUACUAAUUGAUGUCCUUAAAGGUACUCCAGCAGAAAAGAAGGAAGGAAUAAGAGCUAAGAUAAAUGAAUACAUGAAGAGAGCUGAAGAAUUGAAGAAGAAAGUUGAACAGGAAAAGGAAGCUGGAAAAUACCAUGAACAGAUUCAUAUAGAAAAUAAUUCUACAGGACACAGCUUUGAGAGACUGUUUGGUAGAUUCCUGGAUGAAGAUUUGACAGAGGUGACGGUGGAGGACCCCUAUAUAAGGUCUACACAUCAGAUGUACAAUUUUCUGCGUUUGUGUGAACUACUAGUGAAAUCCAAGGCAAAGGUGAAUAAGAUAAGGCUGAUAACUGGACAAGAUGAGAAUGCAGACCAAAGAAAACAUCAACAGAGUAAGCUGUCAGAGUUAGCAACCAGUCUUCUGUCAUACCAGAUAACUCUUGAGAUAGAAUACUCUCAGACACUGCAUGAUAGAGAAAUAAGGUUGAACAAUGGUUGGAUCAUUAAGAUAGGUCGAGGUCUGGAUAUAUACAGAGCCACACAGGGGAAGUUUGAUAUAGGAUUCUGUGACUUUGAUUUGAGAAGGUGCUAUGAAACCACAGUGGAUAUAUUUCAUAGUAAACAUGUUAGCAUGAAAUUUAGUGCCUCAGGAUCGUAAAAGUAUCAGGGUUUUAGAAUUUAUUUUUUUAAACGCUUAUCUGUGAUUCAAUCCAGUUUUGUGAUGAAAUUAAUGAAUAUGACUUCUUAAUGCAGUUUGAAAUUCAUAGCUUGGGGAUUAAGGGAUGGGGAGUAGGGGGUU